CCUGGGGGCCAGCCAAUCAGGCCUGAGGGUCGUAUUUUUUUUCUCCCGUGCUCUUGGGACCAGCCCUCAUUCUCAAACUAAAGGCACGGGUGGAUUUCGCAGCCCUGGUGUUCCAGCUACUUUGGCUCACUUCAGUCUGGAAUUGCUACUUGGAUGUUGGGUGUUCAAGCCCAGAAGCCCCCUCCGGGCCAAUGGACAACGCCGCCCUUUGAUCCGCGCUUCCCUAACCAGAACCAGACGCGUAACUGCUACCAGAAUUUUUUGGACUACCACCGGUGUGUGAAGACCAUGAAUCGCCGCGGAAAGAGCACACAACCCUGCGAGUACUAUUUCCGUGUAUUCCAUUCACUGUGUCCCAUCAGCUGGGUGCAGCGCUGGAAUGAGCAGAUCAAGCAGGGAACUUUCCCGGGCAAAAUCUGACCUUGCACUUGAGCGCUGCUCCCCUGGCUUCAUCAACCCCUAGUGGCUGUCCUUUCAUCAAACCCCAGCCUGGGUCUCCCCCUCCCUUCACUUUGUCUUUGUGCCACAAAUAAAGUUAUUGUGCUG